GAAUAUUCCGGAAGGAGACCCAGAUGAGUCAUUUGAGCCAUCAUCUCACGCUGAGGAUGAAGUGCAGCCCUGAAACACUUUGGGCCUGGAUAAACAAGCCCCUCCCAGCCCCAGCUCUGACGUUGGGGUUGUCCAGGCUGAGCUUGGGCAGCCCACGCUGGUGCCGGUGGUGACAGCCCCUCCGUUCCCCCAUCCUGCCGGGAUCGGCCCCGUUGCUUCCGAGAGUUAAGGACCAGCAGGAGGAAAUGCGUGAGCAGGGUCCCUGAUGCUGCUGCUCCCACGCAGCUCCAGCGCUGUGGUGUGGCUGUGGACCCUGAGCUGCCAUGGGGACCCUCGGGGACAGGCGGCUCCUGCUCUGCUGUGCCUUCUGGGGACUCUGCCUGGCCUCGGACUAUGAUGAUUACUCUCAGAACAGCACCAGCGAGCAGGCCACCACAUCAGAGGUCACCCCGUGUCCCCGAGCCAUCCCGGGGGACCAGGCCACGGUCAACAACAUCACGUACCUGCUGAUCCCCGAGGCCACCCGUGCCCAGCUGGCCAGCGCCGUCACCGUCCGGCUCAUCCCCAGCCUCUACAGCCUGGUGUUCGUGCUGGGGCUGCCGGCCAACGCGCUGGCCCUGUGGGUGCUGGCCACCAGGGCCGAGCGCCUCGCCUCCACCGUGUUCCUGAUGAACCUGGCCACCGCCGACCUGCUGCUCGUCUCCGUGCUGCCCUUCAAGAUCUCCUACUAUUUCCUGGGCAACCACUGGCCCUUUGGGGAAGGGCUGUGCCGCCUCAGCACGGCUCUCUUCUACGGGAACAUGUACUGCUCCGUGCUGCUGCUCACCUGCAUCAGCGUCGAUCGCUACCUGGCCGUGGCUCACCCCUUCUCGUCCCGCGCUUUCCGCACGCCGGGCCUGGCUGUGGGUACCUGCGCUGCCGUGUGGCUCUGCUCCGCCGCCCUGACCCUGCCCCUGACCCUGCAGCAGCAAUCCUACCCCCUGCUCGGGGCAGGCCUCACGCUGUGCCACGAUGUCCUGCCCCGCCACGAGAACGACGGCUUCUACUUUUAUUAUUUCGUGGUGCUGAUCGCCUGCGCCUUCCUGCUGCCGCUGCUGCUGCUGGUGCUGAGCUCGGCCGCGCUGCUGUGGGUCCUCCUGAGUGGGGGCAGCCGCUACUCGCACGCUGCCAAGCUCACGGCCCUCGUGGUCAUCACCCUGGUGGUUUUCUAUGCCCCCAGCAACAUCCUCCUGCUGCUCCACUACUCCAGCCCCUGCUCCAGGCUGCACAGCCGGCUGUACCUCGGCUACAUGGUCAGCCUGGCCCUCAGCACCUGCAACAGCUGCGCCGACCCCUUCAUUUACUACUACGUGUCUGAGGAUUUCCGGGAGAAGGUGAGGAGAGUCUUCAGGGGCAGCAAAAAAAUCAGCACUUCCCUAAAGACCUCUAAGGAAAUGCUGCCAUGAAAUUCCACAUUUUCUGCUGUGAGCCUCCAGCCCGGCUCGCUGCUCCCGGGGCACUCGUCGUGCACGCAGCGGGGAUAAGAUGAAUUCAGCACUGGAAUUCCACAAGUUUCACCCAGAGCAGCAUUUCCCAGGAGCCAAGUGCUUUUCCCUGUGUGCACAGAUAAGGCUGAAUAAACCCAGGCUGUGAGAUUCUUUGCCCAGACAAGAUUCUGAAUGCUGGACACAUCCAGCCUUUCCUGGGACGCUCCCUGCCGCUUCUCAGCUGGUCACAGACCACCAGGGAUGUUCCUGCCCAUACACCUGGGUCUGGUGCUCCUAUCCUGGCUGCUCUCUGGCUGCUGAUCCUGCUCCUGGCUUGCUCACUGUCCUUAAAUGCACAUUCCCUUCCCCUAAAUCUGAAAAAGAGCUAUCGUUGCAAAACCAAACUUCUAAAUGUUUCAAAAAUACUCUCCUGAAUGAAACCAGUCUGUCAAAAGAGUGCAGAGCACUGGCUGGUGUAGCAAAAACAUUCUUGGCUUGAUUUGUAAGCAGCCCCUUGGUUAUGUCAGCCCACUGUUGGUAAAGGGUGUAAAAAUCCAAUUCGCUCAUCCCUGUUUUUGAAAAUCACCCUUGGCAGCCAUCAGUUCUUUGAGGUAAAGGUUGUAUUAAUGGAUUUUGUAAAAAAAUUAUGUCUCAUGAAGGGAAAUAGUAAAGUAGGAAUGGAGCAAGCCCUCUGGUUCUCCACAUUUCCUUCAUGUAAUGUCACCAAAAGCUGUCUCUGAUCAAAGAGGUGCUCAGGUUUGCUGCUUAGUGGAACCUGCUGCAAAUCUGACAAAAUGCAGCCAGCUCAUCUCUCAGACAUAACUGGGGCACAGCUCUGUGAGCAGCCAGGUAGAAAAUGAGCAAUAAACUUCUUUAGAGUUCCUUAAUUCUUUAGUUUUAGUUAAGCACAGACUUGACAACCUAAAGCGCGAAUAAGAGGCAGAGAGGAUUGUCUUAAAAUCGGUUUUUAAUAAAAUAUUUAUCAGAAUCUAAAACAAACACUUUUCUGGACUCAGACUUGCUAAGAUGUGUGUGAACAAACCAACAACUGGUCAGAGAGCUGUUUGUGUGUACCUGUGUGGGGGAGGCAAAAGGCAGGGGAGACACAAAGCUGGGCUCUGGGUGCUCAGAAACAGCAGCGACUAAAAAAACCCCAAAGCCAGGUUUGUAGAGGUUUUCUAAAUAGUUGCUCUAUUCACAAUAAUGAAAACCAGGUUAUUGUUCAUUAAAUGUCAACAGUCAGUUGAGCAAAGCAAUUGCUGGUGUGUCAGGGAUGUUCCUCAAGCAAGCUGAACAUUCUUCUGGUAUUUGCUUUCUACUGAGGCUGAUUAAGAGGGAGGGGAAGAGGCAAGACCAAAACACAGGACAAAAAAGAACAAGGGGAACUAUUGCUUUAAAAUAAAUACCAUGGUAAUGAUUACUCUGCAUAAUGUACAGUUACAAAUAUAUAAAUAUUCAUUUCCUUGAAAGGAUUGCAAGCAUCAAUCACUGAUAACUAGCACUGCUGCAGCUAUUCAGUCACAGAACUCGAUGGAAGAAGCGAUUUCUGUGUCUUAAAAACCCACUGGCACUCUUCUUCUUUUGCAGUGAGGGACCAUCAGGAAAAGGAAAGGAGAAGCAUCUCUCUGACAGAGAGAGGCAAAUGUCUCUAAGCCAGAAACAACCCAAAACAGCAGCAGAGCAGCUGGCCUUGCUGGCUUUGGCUUUCCAGCACCCAGCUGGUCUUUUCCUUGGUGGAAAAAAACUGAAAACCAAUCCUUCUUCCUAAACUGACUUGCUGAGGUGCACAAAGUGGAAGCCUGAGAUGUCCUUGUGCUCUCAGGGACAGGAGGGAAGACUGAUCAGCUUCAGAGCCAGAACUGGGCCAAAGCCUGUGAACAGCUUUGAGUCUGCACAGCUGUGCUGUGUCCAGUGCUGCUCAGGGAUCCAGACCUAAAGUUUCUGUAUUCCAAGCAGGAUGUUGAAGAAUGGAGGAAAAAUAAUCUGUGAUGUUUUUUUCCCUAGAUAAGAAUUAAUGAUGGUUACUAGAAACAUGAACAGCAAAUGUGGGAUAGGGGAAAACUCUGGACCCUCAGCUGGGGUGGAGAAGAGAGCAGAGACCUCCUUUAUUCCUGUGAUAGGGGGAAAAGGCAACCACAGUGGUGUAACUGCAGGUUCCUCGAUUCAAUUCCUUAAAUAAAAUCAUCUUUUUUCUUUUUAGCUACAAAGAGGAGCUGGUUUGGUGUAGCAAAAGUGGGGGGAGGCAGAGGCUGCCAAGAGCAGAUGGACUGGAAGUGCCAAGGCUGGGAAGAAGCACUGGGAGUGAGGUCAGGAUCCAGAAAUCCUGUCCCAUGCCCUCCCACACACUGCCCUGCUCUGUCUGGCUCUCAGGACAUUAAGGCUGCUCUGCCUUUACUUUCUGAGGGUCCAGGGCUCUCUGGUUUUACUCUGAAUUGCAAAACAGAAGCCAGACUCCUCUGCCUCAAGCACUGGCACAGAGACCCCUCAGACAAGGCUCUGAUUGAUGGGCUGGCACCACCAGCAGGAAUUAUUUACCUGGCAGGACCAGGGGGAUGUCUGCAUCUGGAAUUAGGACAGUACAUGUCCCAGAGCCUGAAGAAAGUGAAGAAAGGCAGGUUUAAUUCUUGGCUGGAACUCCCCACCCUCAUCUCCUCAUCCCAGGGGGAGGUCUGAGUGCCCAAGGAUCUGUGAGAGGACCAAGCAAUUUAAAACAAAUUCAAAUAUCUCUCCAGCAGCAUUCACUGGGUGUACAGCAGGUGAGAGAGAACAGGAAAGGAAAACCAGAAAGGGACUGAGGACAGGAGAAUGAGGAAUCCAGAACAAAGGUCCCAUCCCCUGGAUGAAGCCAAUCACAAGCAUUACCAGGGUGACCAAAUGCCUCAUUCUCCCAACUCACAGCACUGAACAGCUGCAGCCUGAACCAGCAAACAGCAGGGUUUGUAUUGUGCACUUCUGAGUUUUAAAAAAGGGAGGAAAAAAAAAAAAGAAAUCUUGUUGCAGCUCACACUAGGCCUGUUAUUUACCCAGGGAUAAAUAUUGACUCAGUCCUGUGUGUGUACACAAUAGCCAGUGCCUGCCAGGACAGUUGCUUGCAGGAGGUGGAAUUUAGUUUAAAGGCAUUUAUUUACCUGCCAGGCAGGAAUGCAGCUGCCAGGGUGAGGGCAGGAUCUGUCCCUGCACACCCCAGACAUGGGCAAGAACCCUCAGCCCACAGCAGGAUCCUGGGAGCAGCCACAAGGGAAGGCUGGCAAAGCUGCCAACAAGGCAGCUCUGAAAUUUCUGGGAACUUCAAGACCCAGACCUUCAUCAUGUCAACUGCAUUCUGCAAAAGUCUGGCCCCAGACAAAAAGGGCUGGAAACUACACAUGCCCAACCUCUGGGAUUACCUCCUGGUUGUCCCCAUGUGGACAUUUUUCUGGAAUAAACUUGUCUUUAUUCUGGAAUGGAAUGUCUAUACUGGGAUAUAUUCUUGUCAUGGUUCCUGUGUAAACAAGCCUUAAAAAUGAAUGGAGCUGGGCUUUUUUUUUUUUUCUGUUUCCAUUCACCA